AUGGGCUUGAGCUGAGGUGAAUCCAGAGGGGCCGGGCCGGGCCGAGGGGCGCUUUUGCUCGCGGAGCGACUGGGAGAGCAGGAUCUGGUCCCCGGAGAGGCGAGCCUGAGAGGCAGCAGCGUUUCUUGUUGAGAUUGGAGGAAGGAGUUACCUUCUCAGAGAGCCUGCCUGGAGACAGAUGCCAGGCUUGAAGCCUGAGUGAUCAUCCAGGAAGUUGGACAAUGGCAGCUGAAGAGCCAGCGGUGACCACUCCCCUCAGCCCUCUGGUUCAGGUGCCUCCAGAAGAGGAAGAUGAACAGGCCGAGGUCACCACUAUGAUCCUGGAGGAGGAUUCGUGGGUGCAGGAAGCAGUGCUGCAGGAGGAUGGCCCCGAGUCGGAGCCCUUUCCCCACAGUGCUGGAAAGGGCAGCCCCCAGGAGGAGGGUGCGGCCGAGGGACCUCAGGGUGCGCUUGUGCGAUUUCGGGAGCUCUGUCGGCGCUGGCUGAGGCCAGAGGUACACACUAAGGAGCAGAUGUUAACUGUGCUGCCGAGGGAAAUCCAGGCCUGGCUGCGAGAGCACCGGCCUGAGAGCAGCGAGGAGACCGUGGCCCUGGUGGAAGACUUGACCCAGACUUUUCGGAACAGUGAUUUUGAGAUACAGAGUGAGAAUGGGGAGAACUCAGGUCAAGACAUGUUUGAGGAUGUGGAGUCCCAUGAGAUGUUCUUGAAAAUACCCGGAGGGGAAGGUGCCCAGCAAUCUGAUGGGGAGAGUGACUUUGAGAGGGACUAUGGCUCUGGGGGCGCCCAGGGAAAUGCCGCCGGUGUGGACCACGGGGACGUGCCAUCCGAAGGAAGGGAAGUCGGCCAGCUAAUAGGCCUUCAGGGCACCUACCUGGGUGAGAAGCCUUAUGAAUGUCCCCAGUGUGGGAAAACUUUUAGCCGGAAAUCCCACCUCAUCACGCACGAACGGACCCACACGGGAGAGAAAUACUACAAGUGCGAUGAAUGUGGGAAGAGCUUUAGUGACGGUUCAAACUUUAGUAGACACCAGACGACUCACACCGGAGAGAAACCGUACAAAUGUCGGGACUGCGGGAAGAGCUUCAGCCGGAGUGCAAACCUGAUCACCCACCAGAGGAUCCACACGGGUGAGAAGCCUUUCCAGUGUGCCGAGUGUGGCAAGAGCUUCAGCCGGAGCCCCAACCUCAUCGCGCAUCAGCGCACGCACACAGGUGAAAAGCCCUACUCGUGCCCCGAGUGUGGGAAGAGCUUUGGCAACCGGUCCAGCCUUAAUACUCACCAGGGAAUUCACACUGGAGAAAAACCCUAUGCGUGUAAGGAAUGUGGCGAAAGCUUCAGUUACAACUCCAACCUGAUCAGACACCAGAGAAUCCACACGGGAGAGAAACCGUACAAAUGUACCGACUGCGGCCAGAGGUUCAGCCAGAGCUCGGCGCUCAUCACCCACCGGCGCACACACACGGGCGAGAAGCCCUACCAGUGCAGCGAGUGCGGGAAGAGCUUCAGCCGCAGCUCCAACCUGGCCACACACCGGCGAACCCACAUGGUGGAGAAGCCCUACAAGUGUGGGGUGUGUGCCAAGAGCUUCAGCCAGAGCUCCAGCCUGAUCGCGCACCAGGGCGUGCACACGGGCGAGAAGCCCUACGAGUGCCUGACGUGCGGCGAGAGCUUCAGCUGGAGCUCCAACCUCAUCAAGCACCAGAGGAUCCACACGGGCGAGAAGCCCUACCAGUGCGGCGCCUGCGGGAAGAGCUUCAGCCAGCGCUCGCAGCUGGUGGUGCACCAGCGGACCCACACCGGGGAGAAGCCCUACAAAUGCCUCAUGUGUGGCAAGCGCUUCAGCCGGGGCUCCAUUCUGGUGAUGCACCAAAGAGCGCACUUGGGAGAUAAGCCGUAUAGGUGUCCUGAGUGCGGGAAAGGCUUCAGCUGGAAUUCGGUUCUCAUCAUACACCAGCGAAUUCACACAGGAGAGAAGCCCUACAAAUGCCCCGACUGUGGCAAAGGCUUCAGCAAUAGCUCCAACUUCAUAACACACCAGAGGACUCACCUGAGAGAGAAACUCUACUGAAGGGGCAGGGAAGGGCGGGGGAUGCUGGAGCUGACUGAAGGGAGACUCCCACAGUGCCCCCAGUGUUGUCCCUUUAAAAGAGCCGCUUUCCCAAAUACCCUUUGGGAGUUUUUGCCAGAA